UUUCGGGACGCCAGGAAGAACAGAGUGUGCGCGUCUCGAUGAAUGAAGCCGAACGCCAAACUUCACUCAUUCAUUCAACUUUUCGACGACGUUUGACAGUGUUCGCCAAGCGUUACCUGUUAGCUCGCCCGACCAGGUGUGCGUGUGCAUGUGUCUUCUGUAGCUGGAAGGAAAUAUUCUGCUUGAAAGCGUGUUGCACUCGUCUGUGCGCGUGCAUUACGUCACUCCAGCUGCACAGAGUGCAUGUGUGUGAGGAGCCCCGUGUGUGUGUGUGCCAUUGUCCGGUGUCAGUGAUCAUAAAGUGGGGAGGUCAGGAGUACUCCAUCAGUUCUCUGUCUGAGGAGGACACGGUGAUGGGACCUGAAACAGUCCAUUAAGACCUUGACUGAGUGCUGCCAGAGAGACAGAAACUACUGGGACUCAAGGUCAAAGGUAAAACUGCAGAGGAUAGGCUGAAGCUGGGCUCUUUGAAGCUCAAGCCCAACACUAAGAUCAUGAUGAUGGGUACCAGAGAGGAGAGACUGGAAGACGUUUUAGCCCCUCCCCCAGAGAACGAUGACGUGGUCAAUGAUUUUGACAUCGAGGAGGAGGUCAUUGAAGUGGAGAACAGAGAGGAAAACCUGGCUAAAAUAGCCCGCAGAGUGAAAGACUAUAAGGUGGAGGAGCUGAACCCUCCCAGAGAAGGAAAGAGGCUCCUGGUACUGGAUGUGGACUAUACACUGUUCGAUCACAAGUCGUGUGCAGAAACGGGUCAGGAGCUGAUGAGACCAUACCUUCACGAGUUUCUAACAUCAGCCUAUGAGGACUAUGACAUUGUCAUCUGGUCUGCGACAAGUAUGAAGUGGAUUGAUGCCAAAAUGAAAGAGCUGGGAGUGACGGACAACGCUAACUACAAGAUUACGUUCAUGUUGGACAGUGCAGCAAUGAUCACUGUACACACCCCUAAGAGAGGGGUCGUGGAGGUCAAGCCCUUGGGUGUGAUAUGGGGGAAGUACGGAGAAUUUUACAACAGGAAGAACACCAUUAUGUUUGAUGACAUCGGAAGAAACUUCCUCAUGAACCCACAAAAUGGACUAAAGAUCCGACCCUUCAUGAAGGCCCAUCUGAACAGGGAGAAGGACAGGGAGCUGUAUAAACUGGCUCAGUACCUCAAAGAAAUUGCCAAACUUGAGGACUUUAGUGGACUCAACCACAAACACUGGGAGAGGUACCUGUCUAAGAGGCAGCACCACUGAGGAGGGAGCGCAACCUCAGCAAAGACUUGGGCUGGAUGCUACCAUCCCAUCAUUGAGUUCUCAAACACACAACCUUGGCUAUUACAAGUCCUUCAUUUUCAAACCUUAUAACAGAUCCUACACUAACCCUAAAGCUACUGACACUCAAAAGCUCAGGACUGAGAUGGGCUUCCCAAUUUCUAUAUUUGCAUGUUCUGUCUCUCCCCAAUCUUGCACAUUUUUUUUCAAAUAUUGCAUUAUACAAUAAUAAUGGCAGUCACUAUCAGUCAGUGUGGUAAUUGUAAAGUACACCUGUGCAGGUUAAAAAAAACAUCUCAUAGGUUUGGGGCUGCAUGCCAUGAGCCACCGUGACCCACAAACUUCUACAUACUGUACCUGCUUCAGUCAGGUGUCUAGACUACAUCUUGAAAUCCACAGUUAAAAUAGUACCUGAAAAUAUCUGAGAUCUUUUCAACCUACUUGGUCCUUCAGAUGGGUGGGGUUUACAGCAUUUUCCCAGCAUUUUCUAUGUAGUGUGAAGUUGAAAAUUCAACAGGAAAUAAUUCAUAAGAGCAAGUUAUAAGUAUCUAAAACAAUAGUUUAAGAACUGAGGAUAUAUCCACAAUUACAAUUUUAACUGCAUCUGGCAAGUCCAUUCUGUGCAAAUUGUAGUGAUGAAUUAAAGUUUAAAGUUGGAAUGGAAGAAUUUGUUGAGAACAAUGGUCUAAAUCUAAAUCGCUGAGCAUCAAACUGAUGUCUGCAACCUACACAAUUUGAUAAUGUGCAAUAAGCCUCAAAGCUACUGUUACAUUAAAGAUUCAGAUCGAAACUUGUAGCAUAAAAUCCUUAUAUCAAAACAAUUGACUGUAAUGUGCAUAUUUUGAUGGAAAACCUGUUUGUAUGCAGGGGUCACUGGACACAGGUUUGUGGGUUGGAGGAUAUCAUACAUGUAUAAUGUGUACAUGCAUAGUACUGUAGGCACAUAGAUGGUCAGGUUUCCAUGGGUGGAUGGGUGUCCAAAAUGUAUUUCCAUUGUUACAUACCAGCUCUGUUGCAUCGCUGGACGCACACACUCAGAUACACGUAAAGGAUCAGUUCUGUUAUUUGUUUUUUGAUGCAGAAUUCAUUAGUCUGUGUUUUGUUUAGAGCUUUUAUUGAACUGUUUUGGUAAAUCAAAAUGUCAAUGAACAAAGUGGGGAUGGAGAAUGAGGGAAACUGACAACACAUAAUGUGCGUUUUACGUUUUUUUUUGGUAGCAUCUUCAUUAAUGUGUUUGCACUUAUUGUCAAUGUUUACUUUAAGUUAUGGACGAAGAUGGGGAAGUGUCAUAGGAAAGUGUGCCCCAUGUUAUGAACAAGUAGCACCCGAAGCUUGUGGAAACAUCAGGGAUGUGAUUUGUUUUCAGAUUUUGUCAGGUUUACAGCUCUCUUGGACAUUCAACUCCUUCAAGUCAGUUCUUGAGAUGAUUUCUUGAGAUCUGCCUUUUUGUGUUUUCCUCAUCACAUCCCUGACAUCCUGGCUGUAAAUAUGACAAUAAACCGUUUUUUUGUA